AUGGCGUUUUCCUCAUCAUUUCAUGAACGACUCGAACAAAUGGACCGUACUCGAAUUCAACGUCUCUCCUUACUCCAGGCCGAGAAAGAGUUGCAAGCUCACAAAUCUCGUGUUCUAGCCUCGAAGCUUUCAAAUAUCAGAGCCAUGGAACAGAGGUGUUUGCUGUUUGAUCGUAAAAUAGCGUCGCAGAAUUUCAAUAUUCUGUCUCUCAAGUCUCAGAUUGAGAAUCUCGAAGCCAAAUAUGAUUCCCUCUCGCAAGAAAUUAGGUCAAUGCAGAACGAGGUGGUGGAGCUUGAAGAGUUGCACAAAAUGAAAGAUGGAUUUUAUGAAGUAAAGAAGUUGGAAAUGAAGGAAUUCAAGCAAAUGGCUUGCGAUUUUGUAGUGAAAUGUGAAUUGGAAGUUCAGAGUUUGAGGAAUGGAGUCAAUGAGUUGAGGUCUUCUUACAUGGAUCUCAAAGGCAACAAAAGGAACUCGUGUAAUUCGGAGAUAGCUGCUGCUGAAGCGAAAAGGUUGAGACUACUUGCUGAGAAAGAAAAUGUAUGUAGAGAUGUUGAUUCUAACCACCAAUUAAAAGCACAGUUGCAAAAGCAGCUUCAGAGUAUUUUGUGA